UAUCAAUGAUUCAUCGCUCGUUUAUAAGGCUGUAAAGUGUCAAGUGUAAACAAUGUGAAUUAUCUUCGAGAUUUUGGACACAAACUAAGUCAAAGGAAUCGGUUGUGAUUGGACACGAAUGAUGAAUUCUAUUCCAACUAGAUUUUCUGUCUACCUAAUACUAUUCGUGCUUUUUAAUAGCGUCACGGGAAAGCGUCACCACGGAGCGAAAUCUGAUCAUAGCACCGAAAAUUCGCAGCCUCUUCCGCGCUCUCAGCCGUCGGCCGAAGACGACGUUGACGAUUCCGAUGAGGCGGAUCAGUGCUUUACCGAUUUCGACGUGCAGCAGAACACGAUCAUUAGAACGUACGACUCGAGGGUUGCUGGAGCGGAGUUCCUGACGUCACCGAACAUGAAGACCGCACAAGAUUGCAUGCUGGCGUGCUGUGAGACCCACCGCUGUAAUUUAGCAGUGUUCGAAGACAAGAACAAUUCCAGUUGUUAUUUAUUCGACUGUGGUAUUCCGAGCAAGUGUCUGUUCACACCACAUACGAGCUAUGUCACGAUGAUGAGAGAUAUGAAUCUUCACGAGUACCACCUUGAUAAACUAAAGGCUGAAUCAAAACAUGAAACAGAUCUUCAAAAGUUAUCUAAAAUGACGACAACCACAACAACGAGCACAUCAACAACUACAACCACGACAACAACACCUGUGCCAACAACAACCAUUACUCCGACGACGACAACUGCCCCGACUACGACAAAGACCACCGUGAAAGUACUGCUGGAGGAUCCGCAUGAUAAAGAUGAAUGUGACAAGUUCCAGUUCCACUGUGAGACGGGUCACAUCCACUGCAUUGCUAUCUACGAUGUCUGCGAUGGCAUCAAGCACUGCGAGGACGGAAGCGACGAAGACGGUUGCCCUGGCAACCCAGAUAUAGGUCUGGGCAACACGUACAGCAGUUACCCUGUCAACAACCACUAUGACGCCAAGAACACGUACAAGGACGGAUACCUGUUCGACCUGAACAAGUACCCAAUCGACACCGGCCCGCGAUACGAUGACUCCUUUUUCGGCGGGCGAAAGUCGCCGUACAACUACGGUAGUUACGGCAACGGCGACUACGGCGGUGGUCGCUACGGUAACGGCAAGGAGCCAUACAUCGGCAAGGACACGGGGAGUCCUGACUAUCGCUACGGUAACGGCAAGGAGCCAUACAUCGGCAAGGACACGGGGAGUCCGGACUAUCGCUACGGCGAUCGUGCGGGCCAACGUUACGAUAUUUCUUCGCAGGAUGGAAGCUACAACAACUGGGAUAACAAGUUUUAUGGCCGGGAAGGGAUUGACGUCUCUGGCCAGCCGGCGCCGCGGUGGGAUGUGAGCCGGGAGGGGGAGAGCAGUGUGCCGGCGCCCCAAGAGCCGGUCAUGCUCAACACGCACGGUGGGAAGAAGGGCCCACAGCUUGGCCCGCGGCCGCUCGCCGCCCCGGAGCCUACCAUGCACUCCGGUCAUGAGUUGGCGAUGGGGGCGAGUCAGUCUCACGGCCAGAUCUCCCCGGCCCAACACUACGCCGCCGGUCAGGCGGCGGACAAUGACGACAGCAAUGGCGCCCCCUAUGGGCAAAAUCUUCAAGGCACACAAGACAAGCUGCCGCCGUACCAGCCCCAGGGAGUCCAGCGCAACGACAUGUACGACCAGUCUAUUCAUGACAGUAACCGCGGAGGUAACCAGCUGCAGCCAGAUAGGAAUCGGGGAGCUGUGUUAGGGAAUCGGGGAGCUGUGUUAGGGACUCUAGGGCAAGGAUAUCAGCAGCAACCCUAUCAGGGCGAUGUCCAGCAGGAGGCAGCACGCGUUCCUCCGCGCGAGUACGCGCCCGCCAACCAGCCACCGCCAGAGCGGACGGGCGCCGAUAGCGGUGCCAUCCACCAAGAGGGCGUCGCCGCUGCCGCAUCAGACCCUGCAUCGGUGACCCCCGGCAACGCAUCGUCGGGCGGCGCGGCGGCGGCGGCGGAGAAGGAGCCGGGCAAGCCGGCGGUCGUGCACCUGCACAUGGACGUGCAGGAGCAGCAGGUGCAGCUCGAAGAGGAGGUGUUCUCGCCUCAGGCCGCCGAGAACUCGGGCGCGGUGCUCGCACUCUCGCUCGGUCUCGCCGUCACCGCGCUGCUGCUCGCGUUCGUCGGCUGCCGGCUGCGCAGCUUCAAGCGACGCGCGCGACGGCGCGGUCCCCUCAACGUGCACGACCCCGACUACCUUAUCAACGGCAUGUACCUGUAG